CUCCUGGUCUCAAUGUUUGGUGCCGUUUCUGUAUUUGCUCGGAUCCUUCAAAACCAUGGUAUUAAGCGCCAGGUAAUUAUUAAGAGCGUUACUGACAAUAAAGCAGCUUCAUCAGGAGGCAUGCAUGCAAGAACCGAGAUCACCACCAAGGCCAUCCAUUGCCAGAUUGGGGACCAGAGAAAGAGAAAGUAAUGGAAGAACAUGGACGAACUCAUCGAUCAUUGAUAUAUAUGUAUAUAUAUAUAUAUAUCUUGUUAUUCCGUUUGCCUUUUCCCUCAUCACUCACAUAUACAUACAUACAUUCCCCAGAAAAACAAAAUUAAAAAAAAGCCUACGUACGUACCUCUAAUUAAUGUGGAAUUGGUCGGUUCCCAGAAUUACAAGCCAUUAAAAAAUUUCUUGAGGUUCAGAUGAAUUUGAAGCUACUUUAGGUUCACUACCUAUAGCACUUUCCAACAUCGAUAUAUAUAUAUAUAUAUAACAGGCCUUUCAGCCAUUAUAACCAGUAGGCUCCAUGCACAUUCCUCACUUGUACUAGUUCAAAAUUUGCAGCUUCCUUUGUCUUCAUUUCGACUCCGUUGUUGAGUUGAUCAUGGUGCAAUACUUGAGGAUGGGGCUGCUGGUUUUUUGCGUUUGUUUUGGUUGCUUCGACAUUAUUUGCAGCGAAGCUAGAUUUCACAAUCACCACCACCACCACACCAGACACAGCCACAAUCAUGGCCAUCCACCGCCGUCCCAUAUCUCACAGCCCCCUUUUGCUUCUCCUUCUCCUUCACCCGAGCCUUCUGAUUCAGGCAGCGCCGCCGUUUUCGACGUUCGAAUGUUUGGAGCAGUGGGUGACGGCGUGACGGACGACACAGAAGCAUUCAAGACAUCUUGGGACAGAGUCUGCAGCCAGGUUGAGUCCGGGAUCCUCCUUGUUCCGUACGGCUACUCAUUCAUGAUUCAGUCCACAAUCUUCACUGGUCCUUGUCAAACCGGCUUUGUCUUUCAGGUUGACGGUACAAUCAUGCCCCCGGAUGGGCCGGAGGCUUGGCCGAAGAAUAAUAGUAAACGCCAGUGGCUGGUCUUCUACAGAAUCAACGAAAUGGCGCUGCAAGGGGGUGGCUUAAUAGAUGGGCGAGGAGAGAAAUGGUGGGAUCUUCCCUGUAAACCCCAUAAGGGAGUCAAUGGCACCACAAUGCCUGGACCAUGCGAUAGCCCAAUUGCGAUAAGGUUCUUCAUGAGCAACAACCUGACUGUGAAAGAGUUGAGAAUGAAGAACAGCCCCCAGUUCCACUUUAGAUUUGACAACUGCAAGAACGUCCACAUUGACUCCAUUCACAUUACAGCUCCUGCUUUGAGCCCUAACACCGAUGGCAUCCAUAUUGAGAACACUGUUAAUGUUGAAAUCUACGAUUCAAUCAUCUCUAACGGGGAUGAUUGUGUUUCGAUUGGAUCGGGUUGCUAUGACGUGGACAUCAGGAACAUCACUUGCGGACCCAGCCAUGGAAUCAGCAUCGGGAGCUUAGGCAACCACAACUCUCGAGCCUGCGUGACAAACAUCACAGUAAGAGAUUCUGUAAUAAGGCAGUCCAACAACGGCGUAAGGAUCAAGACAUGGCAAGGCGGCCGUGGAGCCGUAUCAUGCAUCACCUUCAGCAACCUCCACAUGGACAACGUCAGGAACCCAAUCAUAAUCGACCAAUUCUACUGCCUCACCAAAGGCUGCGCCAACCAAACCUCGGCGGUGUCGGUGUCGGACGUGGCUUACACGAGCAUAAAGGGCACGUACGACGAGCGCAGCCCGGCGAUGCACUUCGCAUGCAGCGACUCGGUGCCGUGCACCAACAUCACGCUGUCGGACGUGGAGCUUCUGCCGGCGCAAGGAGACAUAGUGACGGACCCCUUCUGCUGGAACGCAUAUGGGGAUUUGCAGACGCUUACUAUUCCGCCGGUGAGCUGCUUCUUGGAAGGGUUUCCGCCGUCCAUUCUGGAGAAUGAUAUGGAAUCUUGCUGAUUUUUCUUUCUUUUUUUUUUUUUUUUUCUGGGUGUUUGGAUUGUAAGAAAUGAACUGAUUUAACUUUACAUGGGGUGUGUGUAUAUAUAUAUAUAUAUAUUUAUAUUUGGAUUUGAUUGAUGAGAGAGAUUAAUAAUGGAUGUAUGAUAUCGAGUUUAGAUAAAUGGAGGGGGGUUU